AUGUCAAAGUGUUCACAAGACCAAUAUCGAGAAGAAACAACCACUAACAAUAAUGUUUCUUUAAAACAAGAAAGUAAUGAUCAACAACAGUUGUCAUCGAUUCAAUCAUCUUCAUCAUCGAACGAUACUCCAACAAAAAUAUCUACACUAACAGAAAAAGAAGAUAUGAUUCAUAGCCAAGAAGUUCAAGCAACCGAUAACAUGCCACCUUUUGCUAAGCUUUUGAACUGCUUUGUUAGAAUAGAAAGAUGUCAGGUAGAUAAAGAUAUCUAUAUUCCAGGUAAAAAUCUGGAAGGGAAUCUUGAGCUUCGAGAGCAAGCAACUGGAAAAGAACAACACAAUAUUACAUAUUCACAACAGCUAAACUUUGAUAUAAUAGAAUACGAAUAA